AUGCUUGUAACGGGCAGUUCGUUACCUAGCGACACCCUUACCUCUUCCACCGUUUGUUGGCCAAGAACGCCAUCUCCAGCCGGCUUAUCACCGCGUCGUACAAAACCAGGCACAAAGAGUCCAGUACUUCUUUCACCAGGACGAGAACAUUCCAUGGAGGUGAUAAUAAUCGCGACGAAACGUCGGCAAACCCGGCUUCUUACCGCCCGGUGA